GCCCUUGCGCCCCCGCCUCGGCGCGGGGGGACGCGCCCCCAAACUCCUUGAACUUCAGGGGCGGCCCCCGAAGCGGCGAAACUCUCAGGGACCCCCACCCCGGGCGGCGCCCCUCGACGACCUCCCCGCGCCAAACCCCCUGCCGGCCAGUGCCUGCUCUCCGAGGGCCUCGGGGUGGGGGGGCCCGGCCGGAGCUGACCGGCCCCAUCCCCGCGCCAGGCCACGAUGCUCAUGAGGAAAGUGCCCGUCUUCGUCCCGGCCUCCCCGUGGGGGCUGCGGCUGCCGCAGAAGUUCCUCUUCCUUCUCUUCCUCUCGGGCCUCGUCACCCUGUGCUUCGGGGCGCUCUUCCUGCUGCCCAACUCCUCUCGCCUCAAGCGCCUCUUCCUGGCCCCCCGGACCCAGCAGCCCGGCCUGGAGGUGGUGGCCGAAGUCGCCGGCCACCCCCUGGCCCGCGAGCAGGAGUCGCCUCCCAACCCGGCCCCCGCCGUGCCAGCCCCGGGUGAGGACGACGCCAGCAGCCAAGCCAAUGCCCGGCGCCGGAAAGGGUGGCUGCGGCGCACCCACCCCACCGGGACGCGCGAAAUGGCCACGGCGGCCCGGAGCAGCGGCAGCGCGGCCCUCAGACCCCAGGAGCCGAGCAUUCCGUUUAGCUUUGACUUCCACGCGUUCCAGAGCCGCCUCCGGCACCCGGUCCAGGGGACUAGGGCGGAUGAGAGUAAGGAGCCCCAGAGCCUAGUUCGAGCCCAGCGGGAGAAAAUCAAGGAGAUGAUGCAGUUCGCCUGGCAGAGCUACAAGCGUUACGCGAUGGGGAAAAACGAGCUCCGGCCACUCACGAAAGACGGCUACGAGGGCAGCAUGUUCGGAGGCCUCAGCGGGGCAACCAUCAUUGACUCCCUAGACACCCUCUACCUCAUGGAGCUGCAGGACGAGUUCCAGGAGGCCAAGGCUUGGGUUGAAGAGAACUUCCACCUGAACGUGAGUGGAGAAGCAUCCUUGUUUGAGGUGAACAUCCGGUACAUCGGGGGACUCCUCUCAGCCUUCUACCUGACGGGAGAAGAGGUGUUCCGAAUCAAGGCCAUCAAGCUGGGAGAGAAACUCCUGCCCGCCUUCAACACCCCCACGGGAAUCCCAAAAGGUGUUGUGAACUUCAAAAGCAGCUCCAACAGGAGCUGGGGCUGGGCCAUGGCAGGGAGCAGCAGCAUCCUGGCGGAGUUCGGGUCCUUGCACUUGGAGUUCUUACACCUCACCGAGCUCUCUGGCAACCAGGUGUUCGCAGAAAAGGUCAGGAACAUCCGGAAGGUCCUCAGGAAGAUUGACAAGCCCUUCGGCCUCUACCCCAACUUCCUCAGCCCAGUGAGCGGAAACUGGAUGCAACACCACGUCUCGGUUGGAGGACUCGGGGACAGUUUUUAUGAAUAUUUGAUCAAAUCCUGGUUGAUGUCGGCCAAGACAGAUGUGGAGGCUAAAGAUAUGUACUAUGAAGCCUUGGAGGCAAUAGAGACCCACCUGCUGAAUGUCUCUCCUGGGGGGCUGACCUACAUUGCCGAGUGGCGAGGGGGGAUUCUGGACCACAAGAUGGGGCACCUGGCCUGUUUCUCCGGGGGCAUGAUCGCCCUCGGCGCUGAGGAUGCCAAGGAAGAAAAGAGGGCCCGCUACCGAGAGCUCGCAGCCCAGAUCACCAAGACGUGCCACGAAUCGUACGCCCGCUCAGAUACCAAACUGGGGCCGGAGGCCUUCUGGUUUAACUCCGGCAGAGAGGCCGUGGCCACACAGCUGAGCGAGAGCUACUACAUCCUGCGGCCUGAGGUGGUGGAGAGUUACAUGUACCUGUGGCGACAGACCCACGACCCCAUCUACAGGGAGUGGGGCUGGGAAGUGGUGACGGCCCUGGAGAAAUACUGUCGAACAGAAGCCGGUUUCUCCGGGAUCCAAGACGUGUACAGCAGCAUUCCCAACCACGACAACAAACAGCAGACCUUCUUUCUAGCGGAGACACUAAAGUAUCUCUAUCUUCUGUUCUCUGAAGACGAUGUGCUCUCCCUGGAAGACUGGGUGUUCAACACGGAGGCCCACCCCCUCCCCGUGAACCACUCGGACAGCCCCGGCAGGGGCGGGGGCCAACUCUGACCCCACCUCCCUGCCGCUCCCGGGGCCCGGAGGGUCGCCUUGCCUUUUCAGGACUUGGGACUGUUCUCAAAGGGAUUGGGAACGUAGGCCCCAUUCUGGGCAGACCCAGGGCACAGGUGUCGGACCAGCAACUUCCUUUCCUCUGUGAGGAGACAGGACUUGGAGACGCAGCAAAUGUCGCACCAGGCCCAGACUUUCCUUCCUAUGGAGAAUUUCUAUGAAACCCACUCACUUGCCAUCCCAGGGCCCAAUGACUGGAGGUCUGCCUAUUGUCGCCAUGUAUUUGGGUCACUUCCGUUCAUGUGGGGAGGGUUUUUUUUUCAUUUGUUUUGCUUGAUUUUGCCUUUUCUCUGCAGUUGUGUUUUAUCACAAAUUAUAUGCUUUCAAAAUCAUGUGCUUUCACACGCAGUAUCGUCUUGAUGAACUAAACCUUAAAGUGUUUGCAGACACAAACCUUGACCCUGUUUUCUAUAUUUUAAAUGCCUUUUGCCCAACAUGUACGAUACGUUCAACUAUGUGGCAUUUACCUUAUAAUUUGAGGAGGCGCUGCCUUUUGAUUUGGGCCUAAAUGUUAACGAAUCACUAGUGCUAUUUUCAUUAUUGUAAUGGAAAAAUCUGUAAACUUACAAUAAAAGAGUUUAUUGAAUAAGAAA